AUGUCUGGCUGGGCUGGCGCGCGCAUUGUUGUUGCAGGGGCUAUCAGGCAAUCGACUAGGCCGGCUGUCAGCGUGCCGGCGCCGUUCCGAUUUUCUUCGAGAUCUUUCUCACUUCGCCGACAGCAUGACGCCGGUAUCCGAGCGCAGAAGGAGGCGAUUCGGCAACGCAUAAGAGCUUUGGAGCAAUCGCGCCGAAGAUUCGCGGUCAGCUCGGUCCAAAAGCAUGGUCAUAUCGAUCCGCCGAAGCCGGGCGAAGAGCUACAUGUCACAUUCAUUGACAAGGAUGGAGAUCGGCAUGAGUUCGAGGUUGCCGAGGGCGACAACUUGCUCGAUAUAGCGCAAGCGAACGAUCUCGAGAUGGAGGGUGCAUGUGGGGGUUCAUGUGCGUGCUCGACCUGCCAUGUUAUCGUCCAAGAUGAGGACGUCUAUGACAAGAUUCCGGAGGCAGAUGAUGAUGAGAACGACAUGCUAGACCUUGCUUUUGGACUUACUGAAACAUCGCGACUCGGAUGUCAGAUCAAGAUGAACAAGGAUAUAGACGGCAUCGUUGUGAAGCUCCCGUCCAUGACCAGGAAUAUGCAGGCUGCGGUAAGGCUUGGUUCACAACGCUCCUAG